AGAUCUCAGACUUGAGUUAACCUCAAUGGUGUUAAGAUUGUUUAGACUGUUUGAAUACUCGCAAGUUUUCGAAUAUUAUAAACGAACUUUAAGGUGAUAUUAGUGUUGUGAUUGAUGAUUGAUGGAUUUUCAAGUUAUGGAUAAUAUGCAGUUUUUAGAUAUAACAGGGUUGGAAGUGGACGAGAUUCGUCACAUAAAUUCUUGUCUGUUCGAUACCCCUAGAAAAAUCUCCUUGCCUUGGACUCUCAAGAAGAAAUCUCCCCAAAAAAAAUUACACAGAAAACCAAAAGCAGCAGUCGAAUGUAAUGGAGUUUCAGUGGAAAACUACGAGAACUCUCUAAACCACGUAAACCCACCCAUGACUUACUUUGGAGUUCAUUAUAACCCCAAUCAACCACCCCCCAUGGUAUCUUACGUUAACUAUCAGCAACCUGCAAUGUACGGCGGCUUUCAUCCUUCCCAGAUUGUGAAUACAGAUAACGGCAUACAGUUCAUGUAUCCAGCGAACCAAAUCUAUAACUAUGCACAGGUUCCACAUAAUGCUCAAUAUUGUCCUCCAGUUCUUCACGACCGAAGGAUACCAGAAGUGCAAAUGUAUAACGGAAUGUCUCAUGAGAAGCCAUCAGACGUUGUUGAAGAAACACCGAUCUCACACGACAAUGUUACAUCUGUCGAUACACCCACACAAAUUUCUGCAACGGCUGAGAAAGAAACAAUUCCCUGCAAUGGAAUUGUGGAAGAACUUCCAAAUUCACCGAGUGAUACUGUUAAAGUUGAAAAUAUUGUGGCAACAUCCUCGAACAAGACUGAUGAACUGAAGACUAAGCCUGUAAAGGUCCAGACUUGUGACGUGAAAGAAAAUGGAGUCGAAUCAGGUGUUAAUGCACCUGUAAACGUAUGGGCCAAGAAAUCAUGGACGAGUCUCUUCAAGAAAGAGGAACCCACGACAAAUGGAGAGUUAGUGACUGAACGCAGUGAUGUGAAAGUUGAAUCGUUGGAUACUGUUGAAGAGAGCAAAACUAUUGAUCCAGCCACUCACAGACUAGCAGAAUUUCUAUCGAAUUUCGAAAUUGAUGGAAAAAGUGCUAAUCUACAACCGAGAGGCUUAAUCAAUAGGAGCAAUUAUUGCUACAUAAAUUCGAUUUUACAAGCCUUGCUGGCCUGCCCACCUUUAUGCAAUCUGCUGAUAGGACUUUCGAAGAAUUUGACGGAGAACGGACAUGGCCUACCACCCAUGAUAAAGAACAUGUGCCAAUUCAUCAAUAAUUUCGACAAGAUGCCCGAUUCCCAUACGAACCGUACGUCGAAAAGGAACAAGAAGAAACGGGGGAGUUUCGACUUCUCAUGUGGUGACUCCAUCGAAGCCUCUUCGUUCUACACCAUCCUGAACGGUACCAGAAGCGACUCUUUUCUCGUCGAGGGACGUCAAGAGGACGCCGAGGAAUUUUUGGGCCUCCUGCUGAACGGGCUGAACGACGAAAUGAUGAAUAUAAUCAAAUCCGUCAAAAAUGAGACCAAGGUAGAAAUGAAUCACGACUCCGACGACUGGAAACAAAUGGGACCAAAGAACAAGGGUAACAUCACGAGAAAGGUCCAAUUCGACAAGACUCCAAUCAGCGACAUAUUCGGCGGUCUCUUGUGCUCGAAGAUCCACAAAACGGGGGAUGAAUCCACGGUAAACAUACAGCCGUUCCUGACCCUUCAGCUGAACAUCAGGACAGCCAAAACCAUCGCGGAAGCCCUGGAACAGCUGACGUUGAAGAAUCAACUCGAAGGAUUAACUUCGACCAAGACGAAUCAAAAGGUGGAAGCGUGGCAGCAGGUGCUGAUCGAAAAAUUGCCGGCUGUUCUCGUCCUCCAUCUGAAAUGUUUCGAUUACAAGUGGAACGGUUGCACGAAGAUUAUGAAGACGGUGGAGUUCCCCAUCGACCUCCAGGUUGAUUCCAAGAUCCUGUCGGGAAAACCUAGCAGUUCUCAAGAGAAGCAGUACAAGCUUUUCGCCGUCGUUUACCAUGAAGGUAAAGAGGCCAGCAAGGGACACUAUGUGGCGGACGCGUUCCACUCUGGACAUCAUACUUGGUUGAGGUUUGACGAUGCGAAAGUGAGGUCAGUGUCGGUGGAAAGUGUUUUAAAACCGCAAGGAGACAGAGUUCCUUAUCUUUUAUUUUAUAAAAGAUGUGAUGUAGUUUAAGGUGUAUAAAUUGAACUUAGAAUAAAAAAUUUGUACAUAUUAGCGAUAAGGAUCGACUAAAAUUGUUUUUUGUUAUUUUAUGAGUAAUGUAUUGUAAAUCUGAAAAACUAUAAUUAUAUUUAUGAUGUUAUGUAAAUAUAUACUAUAUUUUAAUAAACAGACUUUAUAAUAUA